AUGGAUGAAAUAUUUGCUGUAUUGAAGCAGAAAAAGGCUAGCAAGUCCACAUUACCAACAGCCAACUCAGCUGCACCAGGAAACACAGCCGGAUCUUCCGACUUUAGUGGUUUAAAACAAUCAAAAGAGCCUGCAAAAAUAAACUCAUGGAAUUCUGGGUCAGCAUCAAAAAAAUCUAAAAAGAAAAAAAGUGUUAUUGCUACAGUCAAGACUGGUAUAAUAUCAACAGAUAGCAAGACCGAUUUAGAACCAGCCUUGCAAGGAUCAGCAUUUGAAACCACAUUGGAAAUCACCAAAGAGCCUGCCGUUGAAACAGUCGAUUUUAGUGCAUAUCUAGCCGACAAGGCUAAACUAAAACAGACAAUGCCUGUAGAUGACGAGGGAUUUGCAGAUAGUCGAGGAAAUAAGCCACGGGCAAAAACUGACGAUGGACUCAAUAUUUACUCUGCAGAAGAACUCCAGAUUGGAAAAGGAGGAGGUAUAGUGGUUUGCUAUACUAUAAUUUUUUCAAUUCUGAUCUUGUCUGAGAGUCGAGAACAUCCAGAAACAAAAAUUGAUACUAACUUUAUUGAAUAUAUUCCCAACACGCUGCUUGAAUCCACCCGACCAUUUACGAUCGUGUACAGAUACGGAUCAAUGCCCCUUUGA